AUGGUGUACUCGCUUCUGAUUCCAGACCCUGCAGCUAUACGCUUUCUGCAAAAUAUCAGGGAUUGCGAGGCUUCCUCAAUCUUUGAAGUUGAGCUUGAUGGUGAACGUUAUGCCUUGAAGGUGUUCCAUGACGAUGGCGACCCGGGAUAUACAAACAGUGGCCGUGAUCUUAAUCGCUUUCGGAAUGAGCGCAACGCUUAUCAAAGACUUCAUGCAUCGGGCGUCUGUGACAUCGGCCUGGUACCAAAGUACUAUGGUUUUAUUGAUCGGCUAGAUCCAUCUAGUCAUGAACCAUGGCUUGAUCACUUCACCCAAGACCAGUUCCAUCCAAGUGCAAUUCUGCUGGAAUAUCUGGUAGAUGUCGAGGAGCUUAACUGCGUCAAUUACUCCCCUGAACGCCACUCCCGGGCGCUGGAAGCACUAGAUCAAGUCCACAAUGCUUUGAUCCUCCACAAUGACAUAUACCCAAAAAAUAUCCUAAUUGUUCCUGGGAGCCCAGAAAGAGUGAUGUUGAUCGAUUUUGAUGUCGCGGAAUUAUUUCCCUCAAGAGAGGCUAUGGAUCAGGACAUCGUCCCUAUAGAGAAUACCCAGGGCUGGAAGCUGGAGAGAGGAGUACUAGAAGAUUUUGGUAAACAUCUGGCAGAAGAUCAAAGGGAAGGGCUUCCACCGAAUACAAAGUUCUACUGA